AUGCACCAUCUCCUGGAGCAGUCCGCGGACAUGGCGACAGCGUUGCUGGCCGGAGAGAAGCUGCGCGAGCUGAUCCUGCCCGGCGCGCAGGACGACAAGGCGGGCGCGCUGGCGGCGCUGCUCCUGCAGCUCAAGCUCGAGCUGCCCUUCGACCGCGUGGUCACCAUCGGCACCGUGCUCGUCCCCAUCCUGCUGGUCACCCUGGUCUUCACCAAGAACUUCGCAGAGGAGCCCAUUUACUGCUACACGCCGCACAACUUCACUCGCGACCAGGCGCUGUACGCUCGCGGCUACUGCUGGACGGAGCUGCGGGACGCGCUGCCCGGCGUGGACGCCAGCCUGUGGCCGUCGCUGUUUGAGCACAAGCUGCUGCCCUACUCGCUGCUGGCCUUCGCCGCCAUCAUGUACGUGCCCGCGUUGGGCUGGGAGUUCCUGGCCUCCACCCGCCUCACCUCCGAGCUCAACUUCCUGCUGCAGGAGAUCGACAACUGCUACCACCGUGCGGCCGAAGGCCGCGCCCCCAAGAUCGAAAAGCAGAUCCAGUCCAAGGGGCCCGGCAUUACGGAGCGCGAGCGGCGUGAGAUAAUCGAGAACGCCGAGAAGGAGAAGAGCCCCGAGCAGAACCUGUUCGAGAAGUACCUGGAGCGCCGCGGCCGCAGCAACUUCCUGGCCAAGCUGUACCUGGCGCGGCACCUGCUCAUCCUGCUGCUCAGCGUGGCGCCCAUCUCCUACCUGUGCACCUACUACGCCACCCAGAAGCAGAACGAGUUCACGUGCGCGCUGGGCGCGUCCCCAGACGGGCCGGCUGGCGGGGGCCCGGCCGUGCGCGUCAGCUGCAAGCUCCCGUCCGUGCAGCUGCAGCGCAUCGUGGCAGGCGUGGACAUCGUACUGCUGUGCGCCAUGAACCUCGUCAUCCUCGUCAACCUCAUCCACCUGUUCAUUUUCCGCAAGAGCAACUUCAUCUUCGACAAGCUGCACAAGGUGGGCAUCAAGACGCGCCGGCAGUGGCGCCGCUCCCAGUUCUGCGACAUCAACAUCCUGGCCAUGUUCUGCAACGAGAACCGCGACCACAUCAAGUCGCUCAACCGGCUGGACUUCAUCACCAACGAGAGCGACCUCAUGUACGACAACGUGGUGCGGCAGCUGCUGGCCGCGCUGGCCCAGUCCAACCACGACGCCACGCCCACCGUGCGCGACGCGGGCGUGCAGACCGUGGACCCCAGCGCCAACCCGGCCGAGCCCGACGGCGCCGCGGAGCCGCCCGUCGUCAAGCGGCCGCGCAAGAAGAUGAAGUGGAUCCCCAGCAGCAACCCGCUGCCGCAGCCCUUCAAGGAGCCACUGGCCAUCAUGCGCGUGGAGAACAGCAAGGCCGAGAAGCCCAAGCCCGUGCGCCGCAAGACGGCCACGGACACGCUGAUCGCGCCGCUGCUGGACGCGGGCGCGCGCGCCGCGCACCACUACAAGGGCAGCGGGGGCGACGCGGGGCCCGCGCCCGACAAGAAGCAUGCGCGCCACUUUUCCCUGGACGUGCACCCCUACAUCCUGGGCACCAAGAAGGCCAAGCCCGAGGCCGUGCCCGCCGCCGCCCUGCCCGCCUCCCGGAGCCAGGAAGGGGGUUUCCUGUCCCAGGCGGAGGAGUGUGCGCUGGGCUUGACCGCAGCACCCACCAAAGAUGCUCCGCUCCCUGACAAGGAGAUCCUGUACCCAGCAGAGCCAGCCCGGGCCACGCUUCCUUCCGGGGGCCCGUUUCACGUCCGCUCGCCCCCAGCAGCCUCCGCCACAGCCCCUCUGUCCCCAGCCACUCUGGGCAAAGCUGACCCGCUCGCGAUCCUGAGCCGCAAUGCCACACACCCGCUGCUGCACAUCAGCACGCUGUAUGAAGCCCGGGAAGAGGAGGACGGGGGUCCCCGGGCUCCCCCAGACGUGGGCAGCCUCAUUGCCAUCCCGCCCCCCCAGCAGAUCCUCAUCGCCACCUUUGACGAGCCGAGGACAGUAGUGAGUACCGUGGAGUUCUGAGGAACAGGGCUGCCCGGGCCAUUACAGAGCCCUCCGCAUGACCGAGGAGUGCCGCGGACCCCAGCCCCACGGGGAUGUGGUCUCUGCUUCACCCAGCACUGCCCGCACCUCCUGGCCUCCUGUCCGCAUGCCCUGGGGCUGAGACCUGGCCCACCCGCCCCCCAAGACAGCAUCGUUGGGGUGCUGGCUGGGCCAGGGGCUGGCCUUGACCCCAGCGGAGCCCCCAGCCAGAAAGGCCUGGAGCCACCCCCACCCCCACCCCCCAUCCCUGCAUCAGGCACUCGGCUGUGAGGUGAAGAGUUUAUUUUUUUAGUCGAUUUUGUCUUGGGCCCAGGCUAAGGCAGGACAACUCUGGUCCUGAGCCUGGAAGGAAGCUGGGGGUGAUCACACCACCAGGCCUGGCUAUGCCCAAGGGGCCGUGCUCAGGGCUCCCUCCUGCAGUGGGAGGUGCCGGGGUCCACCCUCCAUCAGAUCAACAUGCACUUUCUCCUUGUAUCCCGACAUACCUGUACUUUAUUUUACUAUGAUUACUGUAACUACUGAGCGUACAUGAUCAGGAGACUGGACGGUGUGCGAGUGGAUGUGUGCGUGAGUGGGCACGGAGCUGAGUUGGUGUGGACGCCGGCGUGCAAGGGAAGGAGUCCAACGCAAUAACCACGUCCCCCCACCCAGGCCACCAGCCCCCACCCAAGGACCCACGCUGCUUCCCGUGGGGACCCAGGGCCGGCGCUCGGAGGGUCUGUCCCUAUUACCUCAGCCACGGUGACAACGUGACAGUAUUAACAAGGUAGCACCGAGCAGAUCAAUAAAUAUUAUUCUGAUACCGCCUGAGUCCCGUGUGGUCCACCCUGCAGGAGACCUGUGCUCUGACUGGGCUUGCCGCGUCUGGGCCAGCUGCCCUCCACCCACCAUCGUCACGAGGGGAUGCUGCCCCCCAGGCCACCUUGGGGGCCCGGCUGCGCCCACCGUGAGGCAGGAGCACAUGGUGGUCACUUGCCAUUGACCUUCCAUGACCUCUGACUGACAGGCAUGCUCUCCAGGCCUGGGGGGUAGUUCAGGUGAGCCCUGCCCUCCCUGGGCUCACAGGCUCAGCAGAGGCAAAGGCAGGAGCCCCCAGAAGGCUGUCCCCUCCAUCAGAUGCUUGGGGACAGGGGACUGUUGGGUACACUUAGGGGGAACAGGGAGAGCCACAAAAUCUUCCCGGAAGAGGUCCCCUUGAUACUGCUGGGGGUGCCCCUCAUGUUCCAGGGACCCAGGGCAGGGGGCCCUCCUCACUGGGCCCACGACUCAGGUGGGAUGAGCCUAGUCUUACGGGUACACCAUGGACCCACGUGCCCUUCGGUCCAUGGCUGGGGACCCCGAGAAUCUGAACAGAGGCUCCUUGGAGCCAGGUAGCUGAGGCAGCCAGGCCAGAAACCUGCGGGCCCUAGAGCGAGGGGCCGGGGGGGCCCGGCUGAGACCGGUGUGAGCCCACUUGCUGUGCUGCCCAGAGACCUGCCCGGCCCGGCCCCUGGAAUCCCCGGGGCAGCCUUGAGCUGGGCAGGCUGAGCUUCCCUGGCGCUGGCUCAUCACACAGGGACACAGACAAGGGACUGCAUCCCUCCGUGGAUUUUAAGUGUGGUUUUAUCAUCACUCAGGUCUGCUGAGGCCUGCGACCAGCAGACAGCCGCCAUCGGGAAGACAGCUUCCCCCAGGAGGAGGGGGCACGCCGUGCCCAGGCUGGGGGCCGCUGGGGGAAGCACCAGCAGGCAGAGCGGGAGGGGGACAAGGGCAGGAGCCAUUCCUGUGGUUUCCGCAGGAAGGAACGGACAAGGCAGGUGAACAGGCUU